CGAACAGUACAUGGAAAGCCAUGAUUUCUGGGAGAAGCCGACGCUAGCCAGCGAGUCAUGGUCGUCGUCGAGAGCGAGAGCAAGAGCAAGCGAGCCAUGCUCGGGUUCAAUGCGACCAGGGAGCAGUGUUUCCCCCGAGACAAAUACACUAGCAUUCACUAAAGUUGAGGACGAAGCACAAUACAACACGAUCAUUGAUUGUCCCGCACGACGCCACGUCCUUCCAGCUCCCCUCGCGCAGCAACCGGAGCUCGAUGCUGCCGCCGGCGUCCGCCAGCUUCGCCUUGUACACCAUGCAGUAGCUCGCUUUUUCCACCACCUGUCCCGUCGUGUUCAGGACCUAGCGUGAGGUGUUCCCCGCCCUGGAACACCACCAGCUUCCCCUCGCCGCCUUCCUCCGCCUCCACCCACUCCUCCGCCGCGCACCUCACCCUAUUCCACGUCCACCUCCCCUGCGCCCAGCCGAUGCACACCGACGCAAGCAUGACGGCGCUGGCCAUCAGCCCGAUGACCAUCCCCGCGACGCUGCCGGAGCUGAAUCCAGAAGGGGACACACACAGCUGCUGCAACGGCGGGCCGCACAGCGCGGGGCUGUUUUCGAGGAACGAUUCGUCGGUGAAGCUCGAGGCUUCGAGGCACGGAGGCAGCUGGCCAGAGAGAUUGUUGUACAAAAGUUUGAGCAUCGGGAGGCCUCUCGUCACGACGAGGGACUCCGGUAUGGGUCCCUCGAGGCGGUUGCCGCCGAGGUUGAGGCGUCGGAGGCCACGGAAGCCCGUGAGGAACACAGGGAAAUCGCCGGAGAAGCGGUUGGCGCCGAGGUCAAGAGUCCGGAGACGGUCACACGUAUCGUUGGGCCCCGUCGGCGUCGGUAUCGCUCCCGUGAGAGCGUUGCCGUGGAGGCAGAGCUUGGCGAGGCAGUCGCAGAGGUUCCACAUGGAGGCGCGAGCGCGCCAGAAAAGGCGUUGCCGGCGAGGUCGAGCUUGGACAGAGCGGUCGCAUUGCCGAGCUCGAGCGGGAUGGCGCCGGAGAGCGAGUUGGCGGCGAGGUAGAAUAAUGGAGGGCCGGGAAGGCACCGAGCUCAGGCGGGAGGCGUCCGGCGAGCGCGGCCGCGGGGAGGCGGAUGGAGGUUAGAAGCAGGGAGACGUUUGUGUUCGUGUUGAACACAGGAGGAAGAGGGGUGGGAGUGAAGAUGACGGUGGGCCCUACGCUCUUGGACUAAUUUAUUUUUCUUAUUUUAUCUCUUAUGAUCAAUGACAGGUGGGACCAGAAGACUGUUUGACCAGUCAGGACAAAAUACGGAGCUCUACGAAGAACAAUUGACCAUAUAAUCACCGCAACUCGUAUUGAGUAACCGUAUUGAGCGUCCAAUGACCGUAAUAUGCUUUGCCCUCAACUUCCAUGACUGCUAGUGUAUUUAUCUCUUCCCCUGCUCCUUCAUCAAUGCAUGUGUGCAUGUCUCAUGAUGAUCCCUCCACACGCGGCGCCCCGCUAGAAUGAAGUCCUUGAACUAGAGCAUAUAAAGCCAACUGCUAUCCAAUCACGUCCGUUUUUUGUCUGUUUAGGAUGGUAAUAGGUCAUAUCCUUCUAGAUUUAUGGAAGCAAUAACCGUGCGCCCAAUGCAUGAAUA